AGAGCAGCUGCGCUCGCAACCAAUAACAAAAGUGAGGAGAACGCAUGCUUCCGUUGACAGAAGUAUUUUGUUUUCCGGUUAUGCAUGUUGUUUUUUAUUAAAGUGUUCAUAAGCUGAAGUUGCAGAGAACAAGAUAACAAUAAAGAAUAAGGAAGACGACAAGAUUGAAGACUCCACUUCUGUCGAUAGGCGGUUCCGUCCUGAGAAUGCCAGCCAUGUCUAAGAGGGUACUGGAAAGAUACCGCGUCCGGAGGCUCACGGAGGCUGAAUCCAAGGCCUGCAAAGUGGACCGAGUUCGGAGCAGGAGGAUGGUGAACCUAGCCGCGGAGAUGGAGCGCUGGAGGGAACUGAAACGGCAGAAGAAUCUGCCCUCCGACGCGGCUGUAGCAAAGUUACUAUUGGAUGCAUACAUGUCUAUUGAAAGACAGCAACAUGUUAGUCUGAGGGGAAGCUCUUCAGAAGGUGCUGGUGAGAUAGCUGCUGCUGAGCCAGUUUCACACUCUGCUGAACACAUUGAAGAGGACAAGCUGGGGGCUGUGUGUCUGAGAGAGGAUCCUGCACGGCCUCCCGAGCUGGGCGCUGUGUGUCUGGGAGAGGAUCCUGCACGGGCUCCCGAGCUGGGCGCUGUGUGUCUGGGAGAGGAUCCUGCACGGCCUCCCGAGCGGGGCGCUGUGUGUCUGGGAGAGGAUCCUGCACGGCCUCCCGAGCUGGGGGCUGUGUGUCUGGGAGAGGAUCCUGCACGGCCUCCCGAGCUGGGCGCUGUGUGUCUGGGAGAGGAUCCUGCACGGCCUCCCGAGCUGGGCGCUGUGUGUCUGGGAGAGGAUCCUGCACGGCCUCCCGAGCUGGGGGCUGUGUGUCUGGGAGAGGAUCCUGCACGGCCUCCCGAGCUGGGCGCUGUGUGUCUGGGAGAGGAUCCUGCACGGCCUCCCGAGCUGGGGGCUGUGUGUCUGGGAGAGGAUCCUGCACGGCCUCCCGAGCUGGGCGCUGUGUGUCUGGGAGAGGAUCCUGCACGGCCUCUCGAGCGGGGCGCUGUGUGUCUGGGAGAGGAUCCUGCACGGCCUCCCGAGCUGGGGGCUGUGUGUCUGGGAGAGGAUCCUGCACGGCCUCCCGAGCUGGGCGCUGUGUGUCUGGGAGAGGAUCCUGCACGGCCUCCCGAGCGGGGCGCUGUGUGUCUGGGAGAGGAUCCUGCACGGCCUCCCGAGCUGGGCGCUGUGUGUCUGGGAGAGGAAAUGGAAAAACACACAGGGCCUCCAGCUGGUAGCACUGAACAGAAACUGUGCCAAUCGCUGACAACUGGAGACAAGCGUCGUCCUUACCCCUGCUCUCUGUGUGAGAAGAGCUUCUGGGCUCCGGGAAAACUUAAAAUCCACCACCGAGUCCACAGCGGGGAAACCCCUUACCUCUGCGCUGUCUGUGGGAAGAGUUUUAGCCAGGCAGGGUCCUUGAAGAGGCACGAGCAUGUGCAUGUUCACACAGGAGAGACGCACCGAGAAAAACACAAUGGGCAGAAUUCUCACCAAUCGCUUAGAACUGAAGACAAGCGUCGCCCUUAUCCCUGCUCUCUGUGUGAGAAGAGCUUCUGGGCUCCAGGAAAACUCCAAACCCACCACAGAGUCCACAGCGGGGAAACCCCUUACCUCUGCGCUGUCUGUGGGAAGAGUUUUAGCCAGGCAGGGACCUUGAAGAGGCACGAGCGUGUGCACACAGGAGAGACACCGCAUCACUGUCCUGAGUGUGGGAAGGGCUUCAAGUACGGCGGGGACCUGAAUAGGCACAAGCGCACCCACACGGGAGAGAAGCCCAACCUCUGCCCCGAGUGUGGGAGGGGCUUCAGCGAGGCGGGGAGUUUGAAAGCACACCGCCGAAUUCACUCCGGGGAGAAGCCGUACCAGUGCAAGGUGUGUGCGAAGCACUUCCGCUUCUUAAUCAACCUCCACACGCACCAGAGAAGACACACAUGCCGCCCUCCGCGGAUUCGUUGAUGUCCAAGUAAAUCACCCAGAACUUCAAAUACAUUAUUAUUAUUAUGAUUUAUUUCUUAGCAGACGCCCUUAUCCAGGGCGACUUACAAUCGUAAGCAAAUACAUUUCAAGUGUUACAAUACAAGUAAUACAAUAAGAGCAAGAAAAUACAUGUCAUUGUAAAGGCAGGUUCGUACUUUGGCUGUGCGGCACAACCAGCUUGGGGAUUUUGAAGUAUGAACCAGCCUAAAGGUAAAACCUAGCAAGUGUAUAUUAUUCGAUUUAUUGAAAAGGUAAAGAGUUACAAAAUGUAUAAAAAAUAACCAAAUAAACUUACUUAAACUGCCUGAAAUAAAAAUCUAGCCAAAACGUUUGUUACUAGAAUUAAUCUCUUGUAGUUUUUACCUGUGUUUAUUUCUAGUUUUGUAUCUUUAACAGACAACUUCUAAAUGUUUGUCACUUGCCUUUAUUUUUUAAAAAGGAGUUCUAGCUGUGGAAUUACUCCCAUAAGUCUUAGAAUAAUAAAAGGUGGGUGUGUAAGGCAUUGCUGUAAUGAAAUUGUACUGCUGCAUUGUUCUACAAGGACACCAGUAUAUUUACGACAUGCAGCAAACACCCCGUGCAUUGACUUUAAUGUACAAAUAGAAGCCACCCCCACUCGGCCCUUAUAAAGUACAUGUAUUCCAUAUGCACGUUGAAACAAUGUGCUGAAUGACAGAUACAUGGUUAGAAAUGCAAUGUUAAUUAUUGUCAUCUGAAAAAAAGUCACUGUAACAGGGUUUGAAACAUCCACCAGUCCUGCACCCAGUCCAGGGUUUCAAAACUCCCCUUGUUUAGGUAUAUUAUUGAAAUCACCAGGUGUUGGGAGUUUGAAAAAUCAGGCCACUGUUAGCAGUUGUUCUUGCAGCUAUAAGGAAAUGAACAAUAUGGUUGCUCAAACUCCUGGCUGUUGAAUCAUUUAAAUAAUGUAGUAAUUGAUGGUACAGCAGUCAGGAACCCAGGAGUGGUUGCAGGGCUAGUGUGAGUUUCUAACCUUGCUAUAAUAAUGACAUAUAAAAUGAAAUAUUAUCAUCCUAAUCGAGAAAAAAAAAAGAAACAUGUUAUUUAUGGAAGCCAUAUUCAACGCUUGGUUCAAACUGAUGGUGAUCUUUAUUUUUAAAAAAAUAAAUUAAACAAUACAAAACAGGA